CCCAGUCCCAGUCCCUCAAUGCCGUCUAUCUUCUUCAAGGCUCCAUCUUUACAGAUCCAUUUUGAAUUCCGAAACAUUUUGAUUCCCUGAAAAUUUCCCGCUAAAAGGGUUUCUAAUGGAGCCACCAAGCUCCGUUCUUGAGGACGAGGAGUGGGAGUUUUGCGACGACGACGGCUUUGUCUACAGACGGAAGAAGCGGCGGCUGAACGAUCCACCUCUGCCUGCCGCCGAUAAAGAGGAGGCGAAUCCGGAGGAGGAAGAGAACCGACGAAGAGAAUGGAAGAGAAGGACGUUACUGAAGGUGGUGGAACGGUAUAAGAGAGAGAUCGGUCAGUGGGAAAUUUUGUCGAACGCGUUGAAGGCAAUGCAAGAGAAGGCUCAGAAGUCUCAAAUUGAGCAGCAAGAAAGACGAGAACAGCAAGAGUGGAGAGAGGAGGACGGUGCGGUGUCAGUUUCGAGUUUGCCUUUGGAAGAUAGAGAUAAUGGCGCUUCUCGGUCUCUCGUUGAUGAGCUUUUUGCACAGGCAGAAGCUCAAGAAGCAAUAAUUCAGGAUGUAUCAAAUUUAUGUGCUGUAGCAGAAGCAAUGUGUGAUGAACAAGAGGAGCAAUUGAAGCAAUCAUAUUUGGAUCUUCCAAUUUGGGCAUCACCGCAUGACCUAAUGGCAUCACUCUGUGAUGAUUGACAAGUAGUUUUCUUCCAGGUUUGUUGUACGUUCUUGGCACUCAAAAGAAUGAAUGAAUUGGGGUCAACAGCAAGUUCUUACACUGGUAUGACUUCUGUACUAGAAAUAGUGAUAGUUAGCAAUGCUAUAAGAAAUCUCUUUGUAAUAUGUCGUGUAAAAUCUGGAAUUUCAAUCACAAUUCACAGCUUCUUAGUUUGAUUAUGUUUAGGGAUUGUGUAAUCUAGUAGAGGUUGUAUUAUUGAACUGAUUCAAAUUCAACUGACCAUAUCGUGAAGGGAAGUAGAAAUAAGGAUGAAAAAAUGUGUUCUCACUUCUGCAAGCAACUGCUGGGGGAAAAAUAUUUGUGUAGUGUGUACAUUGAUGUGGAAAUUAUGUGCAGAGUACAUCGCCAUGCAUUGUUUGAUUUUCUUAAGUCA